CUGAUUGAGCAGGCUAACGUUACUGUUGCUGCUUUAUAUCACUGCUACAUCGGAGAUAUGACCAUCAUCUAAUACACCUGCUGAAGAUCUCUUCCCUCCUGGACAAACAUAUGGACACAGUCACACUCAGACAGCAUGGGAUCCAGACUGAAUCAAAACCCUGAGCGGACCUUCAACUGCUUCUUUGAAGCAACUUGCCCUGUAGCCAGAGACAAAGAUCCAGGUGUACAGUUUCAGUUUCCAGAGGACUUCAGUGAUCAGGAGUCCUGUCAAACAUUGCCCAGGUUCUGCUUCCCGUAUGACAUACAAAGGGUGAGGGAUGGAGUGGCUGUGCAGCACUUUACUUUUGUUCUGACUGACCUUGAGGGAUGCCAGCGCUUUGGCUUCUGUCGUCUCACCAACAGCACACAGACCUGCCUUUGCAUACUCAGUUACCUUCCAUGGUUUGAAGUGUUCUACAAACUUCUCAACAACUUAGCUGAUUACCUAACCAAAGGACAGACCAAUGAGAUGAAAGCGCUGCUGGCUACGCUCUACAAGCAGCGCAUACCACUGGCAGCUGGAUCUGUCACUCUGCAGAUGGGAGAGCAGCUAUUGAUCAGCACAGAGGUGUCUCAUCCUGUUGGACACCCAGAGGGACAAGAGGGGGUUCCAUACUUCAUUGCUCCAGACCCCAGAAGCCUCCCCUCCAUUCCUGAAAAUAGGAACUUGACAGAGCUUAUUGUGGCAGUAGAUGUGGGGAACCUGCUCCAACUCUAUGCCAGCAUGCUGUUUGAGAGACGCAUCAUCAUCUUUGCUAGCAAACUCAGCACUCUGACGUCUUGCGUGCAUGCACUCAGUGCUGUGUUGUACCCCAUGUACUGGCAACACAUCUUCAUCCCUGUCCUGCCACCUCACCUAUUGGACUACUGCUGUGCACCUAUGCCAUACCUAAUAGGGGUCCACAGCAGUCUAUCUGAGAAGGUGAGGAGUCGUGGGUUGGAGGAAGUUGUUAUUCUGAACGUGGAUACAAACACGCUGGAAACCCCCUUUGAUGACUUUAAGAGGAUACCUUCAGAUGUGAUGUCCGGGCUGAAGAUGUGUUUGAAGCGUCAGGCAGUGUCUCCCGGCUGUGGUGUCUCAAGGGCCUUCCUGAAAGCUCAGGCUCUGCUGUUUGGAGGCUACAGGGAUGCGCUGCAGGCCAGUGCGGAGGAUGAAAUGUGGUUCAGUGAGGCGCUGUUUUUAGAUCACAAGUCCCCCACUAUGAGGCAGUUUCUACAGAGUGCUGUUCAUUUACAGUUUUUCAAACAGUUCAUUGAUGGCCGCCUGGAUAUUCUGAACGCAGGGAAGGAACCAGAUGACCUCUUUGAGGAGGAAAUCCUUAAGUGUGGAACAACAGCAGGAAAAAGCAAAUCUUAUCAACAGUUAGUUGGUAAUUUAAAGAAAGGGGGAGGAGCGUUAAUACUCAACAUGAAGUCCAAAGCAAACAUAAGGGCCAAAGGUCUUGCCAAGUCUGGUUUGAAAAACCUGCUGAUGCACAAGACUCACAAUGAAGAGCACACCCUUCAGAGAGGUGGAUCAGUGUCACACCGCUGUGCCAAAUCUGAAUGUCUCCAGAACCGCCUUCCAAUCACACAACACUUUGGGAAAUCACGUCCUCGUCGACCUAUUUACAAAUCUAGUGCUUCCAGAGAUAUGGACAACAUGGACACUGGAGAUGCAUGGGAUGGAGCUGUGUCUGGGCCUGUGGCUGAGCCUGAUCUUCAGAGGGAUGAAGAAGAGGGGGAAGAUUCACUGCUGUGUGACGCGGAGGAGAUGGAUCUGCUUGGGGAGAUCUUUGACACACUUAGCACCCGAAGCUCCCACGAACGCGGCUUGCUGUACGGCACACGCAGCCUGGAUCUGUUUGGACUGGACAGUCAUGACUAUAUUACAAAGCGCAGUCAAGCCAACCCGAGCCAGGAGAGCCUGUCUCUGUCCAUCAGUGGCAGUGGCAGCCUGCACAGCUGGAAUGUAGAAACUACAGAAGAAGUGUCAGACCUGACAGAGGACUCUAAUUGGCUGUGCCUCGACACAAGCGUACCAGAAGAGGGAUCAGAAAGUCUGCUGGUAGCGUGUGAAAUGGGGGAACAAGAAGAGAGACAGGGGGAGGCCAGAGAAAAACAGGAAGAAGUGAAGGUAGCAAUAAAUGGGAACCAAGGAGAGGAAAUAGAUGACAGAAAUAACUCUAAGGAAGUGAAGUUAGAGGAAGAGACAAAGAAAGAAGAUCCGGAAAGGAGAGUGAGUCUUGAAGAAGGCCCUAUGAUAGAAACAGUCAAGCAGCGAAAGGAUGAAGAGUUGAGAGAAAAGAAAAAUCAGAGUGAAGAGGUAGUUGAGGGACACGAGACAGAAAAAGGAACAAAUGAAAUGCAAAACGAUGUAGCAAGGGAAGAAGAAGGAAAAGAGAAACUGGAAGAGCAAAGUAAAGAGGCCACAGAAUCUUUAAACAAACUUAUGAAACUGAAUCCCAAGUGUGACCAUCGUCCUGACACUGUGGAACAACAGCAAGGACAGGAGGAGACACUCAAUCUGAAAACAGCAGGUUCUGCUGGGCCUCAGAGUCUCGCUGCUGACCUAACACCUCCGGCAGGCCAGGAAAUAAGGGGUGAAGUAGCAGUAAAAAAAGAAGAGCAGGAAAUGACACAGACCCCCUCUCCUAAAGUCCUAUCUGCUGUUGCACGCUCCAAGUCUCAGGGACCCAGCCAAGGCUUCCAGGUGAAGUCCAGGACCAAGGGUUUGGCUGAACCUGAGAGACCUUGCAGCACGUUUCGCAGCAAGGAGAACACACAAACUCACGCGUCAUGUGACUCAAAUACCCGAUCAGAAGCUAGCAGCUGCUCCAAAGCACAUGAGGAGGAAGACCCAUCUCCAAUUAUCAAAGUGUCUGAACUUAAGAAGAGAUUUGAGGCUUAAUGUGUAGGCCCCAGACUGGCUGGCAGGUUGCCUUAUUGAGAUUUUGCAAAUGUUUAAACAGAUUUUUGUGUCUUGUCUUAAUUUUGUGCACUUGUCGAAUUGCACUCAGGAUUGAGGCAUCUACAAAGCAUGGGUGAAAUAAGAAAUGCAUUUUGUAUCUGUGAGGACAAAACAUGUUUUGCACACAUCAUGUACUUUGUCAUGGCCCACAUGUCAUUGUAACAUUAAUAUUUUCUACAAAUGUAUGUGCGUGAGAGAGAUAUACGCUCUCCAUCAGCUACUUCCCCCAACAAAAACUGACAAAUUCCGAGGAUAAUCAUUUCAUUGUUGGUAACUCUUCACACAGAUUUUGAAUAAAUGAAUUCAUAAAAUAAACAUUUUGAACAUGUAUGUUUUCCCCUUUUGCUCCAGGAUAAGGUAAAGAAAGAGCAGUAGUACUAGAUGUGCACAUUCCUGGUUUAUUAACAGAACACCUUGUGUAUCAUACAUACUGCUUCUUAGUAAAAGUGCAUCGCAGUCAUAGUGUUCCUAAUCAACAUUCUUCCUAACAAGAAAUAGUGUAAUACAUGUUUUAUAUAUAAAUACACAGAACACACAAUACAAUGACAGACAAACAAAUACAAAACAUACUUCAGCAAGUCCCUUAUGUGGCAGAGUAAAGGGAGUGACUUCUUCAGAUGAGGGAAUACAACAGUGAGCAAAAUAUCCACAUUCAAAUAACACACAUUUCCUCUUCUCAUGCGGUGAAACCGGUGAUAGAAUUGAUCAGAUCUGAUCAGUCUUUCUGUUGUCACUGUGAAUAAAAAGUUUCAGCAUUUACCUUGUUGGAUCAUCCCAGAGGACAGGAGGUAUUAAUCCACAGGCUUACACGUUGAGAGUGAAGUGAAACUGAAUGUGGUGCAAAAAGUAUGCAAGGCCACUUUUAU